CGCGCGUGACACAGUGCUAGGCUCCGGCACGUUCUGCGCAUGCUCUCUGCGUGUUGAUAAAGCGGGUUACUGGGGAGAUAGUUGGCUAACAAAACCAGAAGCCCUUGAGAGAGUGAGGAGCGAGGAUGGCAAACUACAAGGCUGCAGAUUCCAAAAGGGAACAAUUCAGAAGAUACUUGGAGAAGACUGGAGUACUUGACACCCUUACAAAAGUGCUGGUGACACUUUAUGAAGAACCAGAAAAGCCAAACAAUGCAUUGGACUUCCUGAAACAGCACAUGGGAGCUGCGGGGCCUGAAACGCCAGACGUGGAAGCUCUGCGCUUAGAACUUGCAGAACUAAAACAGAAGUAUGAGGCUGUACUAGAAGAGAACAAAGACCUGAAAGCCAAGCUUGCACAGCAUGAGCCACCUCUUGAUGAGAAACAUCCGGAAUAACCAUCUUUGAUGUCCUACCAAACUAAAACACUGCACUGGGAAAAAAAAAAAAAAUUAUGUAAGCUUGGGUUUUGUUAACUUUAGGGUACAAAUGUUUGUUUCUAAAUUUGUUUUCUAUGUUCACUCUGUCAAUAAUAAACUAUUUAAUAUAGCA